AUAGACAUCUUUUGUCUGGAGUGUGCAAAUCGGGCAUUUCCUAGAGCAUUGGUGUGCCCAGCGUGUGAUACACAACUCAACCAAAGGCAAGGUUUUCUCUUAUUAACACAGCUGAAUCCAUCUGAAGAAUACAAAUCGUCUGUAUUGGCUGGUCUGAGACCUGACAUCGUCCUAGACAUCUGCAGUCGAGCCAUUGCCUUUUAUCAAUACCAGACCUCUCAAGAGCUCUGUUUUCGGUCCAUGAUACAGAAAAAUCUUGAAAUGAAAUGCACUACAUUGCAAGCUCAACUAAACGAUCUCAUUCAAGACGCUGCAAGG